AAGCUUUAUCUCAUGAUGUAUUAUAUAAAUUCAUAUAGGUCUAGAUCUAUCUAGGUCGUUAUUAUUAUUAAUUUUCAUCUUAAGUGUUGAUAUUUACUUAGGCCUAGCUAUAGAUCUCUAGAAUUCUAGAUCUACUACUCGAGGAGUGAGUGUAGUGUAGGCCGGGAGUAGAUCUAGGUCUAGUAGUAGGGCAGGGUCCUAGUCCUAGCCUUGCAAAGUCAGGAAGGGCAAAUCAAAAUCUGAUCAAAAUCAGUUUCAUAAUGAAUUAGUUUCUAAGUAUCUUGAUCUAACUGCAAAGACGACAAAGAGCUUCGUUUGUGAAACUUUAACAACAUUAUAAUAUAUUAUCACUCAUUCCUGUGUUUGUGAAAGAAUGAAUGCUCAUCAGCAUCAGAAGAACUCGGAAUCAAAUACUGAUACUUAUGGGUACUCAUCAUCUGAGUUUAUUUAUCAAACAGCGUCAUGGGCUGAUACAUCGGCACCACAGCUUAGUAAGUUUGACAUAGAGUUACAUAAAAGAUGGGACCACGCCAUGAGUACAGGUGUGUUCCGUUAUAACAUUGACCACAUUGUGACACGCAUAUUGCCUGGGGAUAAACACUAUGUAGGGCAGCUGAACACACUACGCGCCACUGAAAGAAGGAAACCUCAGGUGAUCACAAGUGUCAAACAGCCGUUCAACCCUGAUGCCUUUAACUUCACCUGGGUCAAGCCAGAAGAAGUUAUUUUUAACUUGAAGAACUUGGACACAUCCCAACCACAACACCCCCAGUCUGGGUGUAAUGGGGAGGUGUCAUGUAAUGGAACAGCAGCCUCACACCAUCCAACAGACAGCCAAGGUGCACUAGAGAGCCACGGUGCACCAGACAGCCAAGGUGCACCAGACAGCCAAGGUGCACCAGAGAGGCACACACUGGUAGUGAAUGUCAGCCCAAUGGAGUACGGCCAUUGUCUGUUGGUACCACAGAUAGACUCACACCAGCCACAGAUCCUGACUCUGGUGUCUAUACAAGUGGCCCUUGAGACUAUGCUAUUGAGCAGACACAGGGGUUUCCGCAUGGGUUACAACAGUCUUUGUGCCUUUGCCUCUGUCAAUCAUCUACAUUUUCAUGUAUACUAUUUAGAAUAUCAGCUGAUAGUUGACUACUGUCCUGUGAAUCAUCUGGGUGGAAAAAUUUAUGAAAUAACUGCCAUCCCAUGCCCUGGGUUUGUUCUACAGCUGCAUAACAGUUCAGUCCAAGAGAUGGCUAGGCUAACCCACAAAAUCAGUUCCUACUUCCAAACAAACGACAUAGCCCACAACAUCUUUAUAUGUCGUGGUGUUGUAUUUGGUGAGGCGAGGAACAGCUCUCAGACAACUAUCAGGCUCUUUAUAUGGCCCAGGAAGAAGUUUAUAGUUAACCAACCAAAAGGUAAUAAAUCCUCUGAGGACUUUAAUGUUGCCUGUAUUGAGCUGGGAGGCCACCUGCCUAUCAAAGAAGUGGAUGGCUACAACACACUGACAGAGGCAGACGUUGAUGACAUCAUAGCUGACGCCUGUCUGCCCCCUGACCAGUACCAGAAGAUAAAAUCUGAUAUCACAAAGUUAGGACUGGAAGAGGAUAGUUGACCAUUGGACCAGACUUACAGGGAUAGUUGACCAUUGGACCAAACUUGUACAGGGAUAGUUGACCAUUGGACCAAACUUGUACAGGGAUAGUUGACCAUUGGACCAGACUUACAGGGAUAGUUGACCAUUGGACCAAACUUGUACAGGGAUAGUUGACCAUUGGACCAAACUUGUACAGGGAUAGUUGACCAUUGGACCAGAAGAUAAAAUCUGAUAUCACAAAGUUAGGACUGGAAUAGGAUAGUUGACCAUUCAAGUACUAUACUUCAUAACUUAAGGAAAUAGUGUUGGUCAAUUUAUUUAGUAUAUAAGAUUAAAAAAUAAUAUUUCAUUGUAAUUCUAAAAUACAAAAGGAAUAUAGCCAAUUUAUACCUUUCUUUAACUAACUUUAGUUUUUGUCAAUUCAGGUUUUUCCUUAUAUUAACUUCAUACUGAUUAGUUUUUUAAUGGGUUUUUAUUGUUCUAUACACUGUUUUGUACAGGAAUAGUUACAGUGAUGGAACUGUUCUAUUUAUGUAGAUCAAGUUCUUCCCUCAGUGGCACUAUGUGAUACUGGUACUUUAAUUAAAGAGUUUUCUGUUACUUGCAGCCAACCAUCCAUUCAAUCCUAGGAUCAGUGUCUGGCGUCAGUUGGUUCUAGCCUCUGAUGCUAUUGGUGUACAUAUACAGGAUAUUUAUUCUCCUCAUGUGUUGAUGACUUGUUAAACUGCCUUAUUUAGUUCAUGGAAUUUUUAUUGAUUGAAAUAUUUAUAUAUGUAUAUGAUAUUUUGAGGAUUCUUAAAAAGGUAUUAUUCAUACUCAAUAUGUAUAUGUUACUGUGGGAUUUCUAUGGUCAAAAAUUGACUGGAUUUAUAGAUGAGGUAUUUAGUUGUUUUUUUACAUUUUAACCUGGGUAUAAAAUUGUAGAGUGCUUUAUUAAUUAUUAAUGGUAUCUAUGCCUUUAGUUCAUGGCUACCUGUGUGUCAAUGUCUGUAAAGACAAUAGUAAACCUUUCAGUGAACCUACAAUUUAUAAACAGCUGUCAAUGCAUACAGUUUGAUGUUUUUUUUUCCUUAUUGUCAUAGGUUGUCAACACUUUUUCAUUUAGUUAUUUAUGGGACAUUCCAAACUGCUACUGUCAUUGCUGUUCAUUCUUACUGGCACAAGAUUUAAGUUUUGUUUCAUUUUUAUGCAACUUGGUAGUGUGAUAAAAAAAUUGUUGAUCACCAUAUAAAUCAAGUUUCUGCCAGUGUUUGUAUGCAACAUUACAUGUAGCUAACAUAAAAAAAAAAUGCUGAUUUAUGUGUGAUGGACAGGAAUUGUCUUUUUUUAAUUUCUUAUUGUAGACAUGUAAAGAUUGCAGUGUUAUUUAGUAACUUCAGAAUUGAACAACUUUUAAAAAGAACAAAAUAAAAAUGUAUCAAAGUACACCUACACAUUUCUCCACAUGCGGUUUAUUAUGGAUGAUGAUGUUGCUGUAACCUCAGCAUGUAAUGGUAGACUUACGUGGUGUUGUAGUGGUAUUUUUUUUGUUAUAUCAGGCUUCAAUGUGGUGUGUGGGUGGAAAUACUAAUGAAAAUAGCAUAAGUAUGGCCUGCUGGUGGUAAAGUAAAUGAGCAACUGGGGGAGGGGCUAGAAUUGUGACAGUUGUAGAUGUGGUCAGCAGUUUAGUGAAGAUUGAAGUUUUUUGUAUAAAUUUUGUGAACGACUUCAUUUGCUGUGAUUCUAUGAUAGCAUUUAUAUGCACAAAGAGAAAUUAAAACUUUAAGCAU